ACCUGGCCCCGCCCCCAGGACGCCCCGCUCCGGCCCGAGGUAAAAUUGGCGCUAGCCCUUUAAGCGGCGGGACUUCUGGUCACGUCGUCGCGGCCGCCGGAAGGGGAAGUUUUCGCCUCCGAACGCUGCCUCGCUCGUCCGAAUUCGGUGGCGCCACGUCUGCCGGCCUCCGCCUUCUGCGCCGCGGCUUCGGCGUCUUGCGCCUCGACACCUUCCACUCGCGGAGCCGGCCGCGUCGUGAGGGGGCCGGCACGGGGAGUCGGGCGGCCGUGCGCAGCCUGGCGACCUGAGAGGCGAAGAUGUCGGACAUCGGGGACUGGUUCAGGAGCAUCCCGGCCAUCACGCGCUACUGGUUCGCCGCCACCGUCGCGGUGCCCUUGGUCGGCAAACUCGGCCUUAUCAGCCCGGCCUACCUCUUCCUCUGGCCCGAAGCCUUCCUCUAUCGCUUCCAGAUUUGGAGGCCAAUCACUGCCACCUUUUAUUUCCCUGUGGGUCCAGGAACUGGAUUUCUUUAUUUGGUCAAUUUGUAUUUCUUGUAUCAGUAUUCUACACGACUUGAAACAGGAGCUUUUGAUGGGAGGCCAGCAGACUACUUAUUCAUGCUCCUCUUCAACUGGAUUUGCAUUGUGAUUACUGGCUUAGCAAUGGACAUGCAAUUGCUGAUGAUUCCUCUGAUCAUGUCAGUACUUUAUGUCUGGGCCCAGCUGAACAGAGACAUGAUUGUAUCAUUUUGGUUUGGAACGCGAUUUAAGGCCUGUUAUUUACCCUGGGUUAUACUUGGAUUCAACUAUAUCAUUGGAGGCUCGGUGAUCAAUGAGCUUAUUGGAAAUCUUGUUGGACAUCUUUAUUUUUUCCUAAUGUUCAGAUACCCGAUGGACUUAGGAGGAAGAAAUUUUCUAUCCACACCUCAGUUUUUGUACCGCUGGCUGCCCAGCAGGAGAGGAGGGGUGUCAGGAUUUGGCGUGCCCCCCGCUAGCAUGAGGCGAGCUGCUGAUCAGAAUGGUGGAGGUGGGAGACAUAAUUGGGGCCAGGGCUUUCGACUUGGAGACCAGUGAAGGAGUGGCCUCAGCCUGCCCUUCAGCUGCUCCUCCCAGACCAUGUUUCCUCCCAGUGCUGGGUGCGCUUAACAACCGAGUUCUAGCUAAUGCUGUUGGACCUGACCCUCACUGAAUGUAGUCUUUCAGUAUGAGACAAAAUUUUUUAAAUCCGGAAGAAAAAUAUAAGUGUUCCUCAAGUUU